GACGUCAAUCCGCUGCAGAAGUGCUAAAACAAAAAAAAACCUUUAUUUAGAAAAAUAUCAUUAUCUUUUUCCACUGUUGAUUUUUCGCGAAAAUUUCCAGUGUCACGGGUACACGACUCUUCUCUGUGAUUCCCACGGUGCUCCUUUGUUUUAUUCCAAUAGUACUAGUGCUGGGAGAAACUGCAAAAACACUCCUAGAUAAUAUUUUGUAAACCGUGCUCAGAAAACAUGUCGCUAAUUGCAAGAAUUUCUCGUUUUGUACCAAAGUCGACAAUUUUCCUUCAAGCAGGGAAGAAUAACGUUAGACAGAUUUCCACGGGAUACAGAAAAGCCCUCACACGUUACCCACUACUUAUGCAAUCCCUCCAAACGGGCAUCCUGAUGGCUUCCGGGGAUGUAAUAGCGCAAGUAGUUGUGGAGAAAACAGACAAUUACAAUUAUUUGAGGACUGCACAGUUUUCAGCUAUUGGACUUUUUAUGGCUGGACCAGGCUUGAGAUUUUGGUAUGGAAUCCUGGACAAACACAUUCACGGAAGGAAUGUAAAGAUUAAAACGUUGAAGAAGGUAGCUCUGGAUCAGCUUAUCUUCGCCCCAACCUUCAUGCUUGCCUUUCUUGGGGUUCUUGGCGUGAUGAAGGGUCAAGCGUUGCCUGAAAUUGAGGAUAAAAUCCGGGCAGAUUAUGUGGAUAUCCUCAAGACAAACUACUGCAUUUGGCCGUGGGUGCAGUUAGCUAACUUCUCAAUUAUCCCUCUCAACUAUCAAGUGUUAGUUGUACAAUUUGUUGCUAUCUUCUGGAACACCUACCUCUCGUGGAAAACAAAUAAAUCACGCGAGAAUGUACCCACGUGAAUAAAAAGCAUUUUUUUUUAAAUAUAGUUCUACAAUCAAGAAAUGAUUUCUCUUUUUAAUCAAUUGACAGAGGUACACAAUGAUUUUUCUUUGAUUACGAAUUUUUCAUUUUUUUUAAAUUUUUUUCCCGAAAUACAAUAAAUGUGCAACAGACAUUUUUUUUUCUUUGAAAGAAUUUAUAAUUUUAAUUCUUCAGAGUUAAAAAAAGAUGAAGAAAAAACAAAGAUUGAGUUAUUUAUUAAUUAUAGUAUUACUUGUGAUGUGUGUGUAAGGAAUAAUAUUUAUGCACAAUAAUUACACAAUUAGAUCAGAAUUUCUAUCAUGUUCCUAAUUUUCACUUUUUUUUAUAUCGUUUACGUAAUGCAAAUUGUUGCCAAUCAUUGUAUUCUUUUGUCGCAAUGAACACCCUUCGCAUCAUUGUGCGAAUUACAAAUUUUGGUAUAUUUAUUUCUUUUUAGCAUCUUACGUGAUAAUUAAAAUAAUUUUUCUCUUUUUGGUUUCUUUUUUUUUUCACUCAUCAUUUCUCAAAUAUUUUUUUCCUCACUGUGUAAAAAAACUACCUAAAAUAUAUUAUGUUAUGUAGAUUUUUUUCCUCUAUUUUCUUAUUGUCCUAUAAAUCUAUUGACGAAAUAAAAGAAGCUGAAAAAUAAAUAAUGGAAUAUAUAAUUUUCUUUUCUUUAUUUAGACUAUUAUGAAAAUGAAACGGUGGUAAUAAUGAUUUCUCUCUCUCUCUGCUAAACUACUUUUUGAGUUUUUCUUUUAAUCCUUCAUUUGUUUACUAAAUUUAAUGAUAAAUUCUACAUUUUUUUUAGCUAUACAAGUUGAAUGAACAAAGUUUUAAUUUGAGGAACUAAUUAUACAACUUCUAUGUUAAUCGACUUUUAAAAAUUUAUGCUCGAGAAAGAUUUAGCAACUACUAAAUGCAAAGAAUUCUCUUCUCUUCUUUAAAAUUCUAAUGAGCCCUGUUAAUUUCUAAUAUAGUUUUUUUUUCUUUUCAAAAGAGUAUGCAAUUUAUCUUCGUUUUACUUUUUGCAAAGUAGUAAUAGUUAAAAAAAAAAAUAAUAAAAUCGUCAAAGAAGUUUUUCAAAUCUUUGUAUUUCUUACGUGUCCCAAGAAUUAUUCACAAUUUGAAAAUUAAAUUAGAAAGUGAAAAAAAAUUUUAAAAAUUUAUUUAAAUAAAUUCUUGUUCCUCAAGCUUUUUUGCUUGUGAGAUUAAAAGAAAAAUUACCAAAUUUAUGAAAAAUUGUGAAUUAUCUUUGGGGCAUCCUUAUGUCGUUUUUAGUUUAGGACCCUGUAUAUUA